AUGACUCAUUCCCACUCGCAUGAUAAUGGUGAGGCUCAUGGGCACUCGCACGAGAUCAUGGACGGCCCAGGGUCAUAUGUCACGCGAGAACAGCCUCUAACGCACGAGCGGGAUUGGAACGACCGUGCUUUCACCGUUGGAAUUGGCGGACCGGUAGGAUCGGGAAAGACCGCUUUGAUGCUCGCUCUUACCCAGACUAUGCGAGACGAAUACAAUCUGGCCGCCGUCACGAAUGAUAUCUUCACACGUGAAGAUGCGGAGUUCCUCACUAGGAACAAGGCUCUUGCGAGCAACCGGAUCAAAGCCAUUGAGACCGGGGGUUGUCCGCACGCCGCCAUCCGCGAGGAUAUUAGCGCCAAUCUGCUCGCCUUACAGGGACUGCAUAAGCAAUUCCAGACCGACAUUCUUCUGAUAGAGUCUGGCGGCGACAAUCUAGCCGCCAACUACUCUCGAGAACUGGCUGAUUUCAUCGUUUACGUGAUUGAUGUGGCCGGCGGCGACAAAGUCCCGCGCAAGGGUGGGCCGGGCAUUACGGGGUCGGACUUGUUGGUGGUGAACAAGACCGACUUGGCCGGAAUUAUCGGCGCCGAUCUAGACGUAAUGGCCCGAGAUGCUGCCAAGAUGCGGGAGGGCGGACCCACCGUUUUUGCUCAGGUGAAGAAUGGGAAGGGGUUGGCCAACAUUAUAGAUCUGAUUUUGAGUGCGUGGAAGGCUAGUGGGGCAUACAGCCUUAGUGUGAACAGGUGGAAACAGGGCGCACCCCGAGGAUCUGGGAAUAUUGACGCCUAA